ACGGGGUGGAGAAGGAGGCACCCAGUCGCCGGCAGGUGUUCGGGCUGAGGCCAGGACUGGCUCACACUCCAACCCCCAGCCCCUUGCAGGCAGGACAAGCUGGGGCCCUUCCAACAGGGGGCCUGGCCAUGAGCACAAAUUGAUGGCUUCUCUUGAACCGAGCAGCCCUCCCCGCGAGGGGACCCUUUUGUGGCGUUGGGUCCACCAGCCUCACUCCUUGCUUGCUUCCUGUGCUCACUCGGAGCCAAGGCGGGGCCACCCUGUAGCCCUCAGCAGUAGCUGGCAGUUUGCUUCCUGAACCCAGAGCCACCAGCCCGCCCUGGGGAGGGGCUGAGCCCGCCCUGCGUAAGAGGCCAGGGCUGCCCUCUGAAGGAAGCUCCAAAGAGAAAGAGGAGGAGAAGGAGGCACCCAGCCGUCUGCAGGUGUGCGGGCUGAGGCCAGGACUGGCUCACACUCCAACGCUCCGCCUGCAGCCCCAGCCCCUUGCAGGCAAGAGCCACCGCAGCCAUGGCGGGCAUGAAGACGGCCACCGGGGACUACAUCGACUCGUCCUGGGAGCUGCGGGUGUUUGUGGGAGAGGAGGACCCCGAGGCUGAGUCGGUCACCCUCCGGGUCACGGGGGAGUCGCACAUCGGCGGGGUGCUCCUGAAGAUCGUGGAGGAGAUCAAUCGCAAGCAGGACUGGUCGGACCACGCCAUCUGGUGGGAGCAGAAGAAGCUGUGGCUGCUGCAGACCCACUGGACGCUGGAUAAGUACGGCAUCCUGGCCGACGCCCGCCUCUUCUUCGGGCCCCAGCACCGGCCCAUCCUCCUGCGGCUGCCCAAUCGCCGAGCUCUGCGCCUCCGAGCCAGCUUCUCCCAGCCCCUCUUCCAGGCUGUGGCCGCCAUCUGCCGCCUCCUCAGCAUCCGGCACCCUGAAGAGCUGUCCCUGCUCCGGGCUCCUGAGAAGAAGGAGAAGAAGAAGAAGGAGAAGGAGCCGGAGGAGGAGGUCUAUGACUUGACCAAGGUCGUCCUGGCUGGGGGCAUGGCACCUGCGUUGUUCCGGGGGAUGCCAGCCCACUUCUCAGACAGCGCCCAGACGGAGGCCUGCUACCACAUGCUGAGCCGGCCUCAGCCGCCGCCCGACCCCCUCCUGCUGCAGCGCCUGCCUCGGCCCAGCUCCCUGCUGGACAAGACCCAGCUGCACAGCAGGUGGCUGGACUCGUCGCGGUGCCUCAUGCAGCAGGGCAUCAAGGCCGGGGACACGCUCUGGCUGCGCUUCAAGUACUACAGCUUCUUCGACCUGGAUCCCAAGACAGACCCGGUGCGGCUGACCCAGCUGUACGAGCAGGCGCGGUGGGACCUGCUGCUGGAGGAGAUUGACUGCACCGAGGAGGAGAUGAUGGUGUUCGCAGCCCUGCAGUACCACAUCAACAAGCUGUCGCAGAGCGGGGAGGUGGAUGAGCCCGCGGGCUCGGACCCGGGGCUGGACGACCUCGACGCAGCCCUGAGCAACCUGGAGGUGAAGCUGGAGGGCUCGGCGCGCACGGAUGUGCUGGACAGCCUCACCGCCAUCCCAGAGCUGAAGGACCAUCUCCGCAUCUUGCGGCCCCGGAAGCUGACCCUGAAAGGGUACCGCCAGCACUGGGUGGUGUUCAAGGAGACCACGCUGUCCUACUACAAGAGCCAGGACGAAGCCCCGGGGGACCCCAUUCAGCAGCUCAACCUCAAGGGUGACGGUAUCCUGGCCUUCCUCAGCCUGCAGCGGGCGGGCACCGGGGGCCCGGGCAGCCAACCCCAGGGCCCGGACGCCUCCGCGGAGGGCCUCAACCCAUACGGCCUGGUCGCCCCCCGCUUCCAGCGCAAGUUCAAGGCCAAACAGCUCACCCCCCGGAUCCUGGAAGCCCACCAGAACGUGGCCCAGCUUCCCCUGUCCGAGGCCCAGCUGCGCUUCAUCCAGGCCUGGCAGUCCCUGCCUGACUUUGGUAUCUCCUACUUCAUCGUCAAGUUCAAGGGCAGCAGGAAAGAUGAGAUCCUGGGCAUUGCCAACAACCGACUGAUCCGCAUCGACCUGGCCGUGGGCGACGUGGUCAAGACCUGGCGCUUCAGCAACAUGCGCCAGUGGAAUGUCAACUGGGACAUCCGGCAGGUGGCCAUCGAGUUUGACGAACACAUCAACGUGGCUUUCAGCUGCGUGUCUGCCAGCUGCCGCAUUGUGCACGAGUACAUAGGGGGCUACAUUUUCCUGUCAACGCGGGAGCGGGCCCGAGGGGAGGAGCUGGACGAGGACCUCUUCCUGCAGCUCACAGGCGGCCACGAGGCCUUCUGAGGCCCAUCUUACUGCCCUGUACCACUCACCACCGCCACGGCCACUCCUAAGCCCACACUCGCUGGGACUCACUGCCCACACCCUCUCCACGCACCAAGCUGGGCACAUCCGCACUGUCACUGGCUUUGUGCAGACCAGGGACCCGGCUGGGCCAGACUCUGCAUCCCCCCGGCCGGGGAGGGCGGUCCUGAGCUCUGCAGCACCACCUUCCCUCGUCUGAGUGGCCGGGAGCAGCACCCCUGGCCUAGUUGUAGUCCCUGAGCCCACAGGAAGGCUAGCUGCAGCCACAGGAUAAUAACUGAUGGUUUCAAACUGGAGGAUUUUUAAAAAUCUUUUUACAUUUCCUUUUUUAAUAAAUAUUUUAUUGUUGGCUCAUC